GGAGGAACACAGAAAGCAUUCUGCGGAAUGUGCUUUUCUUUCCCUUCAGAAAGACCCUGAUAGCCUGACACUGCAGGAGUUCCUGAAGCUGGACAAAAUGCGGAUAAAAAAGUCAAUUGUACGUACACGUCGGUUUGGAAAGGAAAGGAAUUUUGUAGAGCAGAGUACAGUCAGUGAAGAACUGUGCUGUGAGAUGCUGCAGAGGGAUGGGGUUAUCUUGGACAAAGUGUUUGACAGCUACAGGGCCCAAGCUAAUUGUAGUGGGUUGUGA